AUGGGAGGUCAGUGUGGAGUUUGUGGGGAUGCAAUCGAUGGUCCUCGAAAUAAUGAAGCACCAUCUGGAAAAUAUUUUACAGCAACAAUUGUUGAUAAUUAUAAAGCUGGUUCGCUAAUUGAUGUUCGGGUUGAAAUGAUGGCCAAUCAUAUGGGAUGGUUUUAUUUCAAGAUUUGUCCAGUUACAAAUAAUAAUGUGGAAGUAACACAACAGUGUCUUGAUCAACAUCCACUUGAAAUAAUUGAAUCGCCUACACCACGAACAUCACCUUAUCGAUGGGAUAUACCUGGUACCUAUACGCAAAACAUAGCACCUGGUUGGGAUUUACCUGCCUAUACAUUCAAAUUAAAAUUGCCUGAUGGUCUUAGAUGUGAUCGAUGUGUUCUACAAUGGGACUGGACAUGUGCAAAUCGAUGGGGAAGCAGUGAAGGGAAAGAAGGAAUGGGUUAUGGACCCCAAGAAACAUUCCGCGGAUGUGCUGAUGUAAGAAUUCAGUGA